GCGUCUCAUAAUCUUGAGCGCAAUUUGGAGAAGUACUGUAGCAAGCUAGCUACGUAGCUUCGACUGUGUAGAAUUUUAGGUGAAAACUCUCACAUGUUCCGUCCGGAUACUGCAACCCGUUACCGGGAAAGUGAACAAAUAAAUAUGUGUCUAGAUGAUUAAUAUUUUGAAAGGUUCUUAGAUAAUCACAAUUUUGUCCUAUUUAUUGUGGUAAAGCAGUCUUUGGAGAAGAACAAGGUGUUGUUUUCGCCAUGGAUAUGGAACGGCAGAAACGAAGGGAGGAAAUCCAGAAAGCUAUGGGCUUUAUUCAGUCCUCCUUGCCUUUCCCAGAGCCUGAUAAUUAUGCGGCUUUUUUGACCCAGUUGGUGUGUAACUUGUUGGAAGAGGGAAACACUGUGUUUCGGGAUGGGGAAUGGAGGCAGGCAGCGCAGAAUUACAGUGAGGGGGUCAACGUGGCCCGCUAUGCUCAGGCAGAGGCACUGGUCAUCCCCCCUGAGCUUCUGGAGAGCCUCUAUGUCAACAGGGCAGCGGCACACUUUCAGUUUGGGGAGUUUGAGCGGGGCGUGCAGGACUGCGACGGCGCGCUGUGCGUGUGUGAGGGCAGUCGCAAGGCGCUCUACAGGAAAGCUCUCUGUCUGAGGGAGCUGGGCCGACUCAGGGAGGCCUAUGAGUGUGGCACCAGAUGCCUGCUCACUGCCCCACAUGACAGGCAGGUGGGUGAACUGGCCCAGGACCUGGCUAAUAAACUGGGCCUGAAGGUCCGUAAGGCCUACAUCAGCUCUCAGGUGGAGUCCUCAACGUCAGGGAGGGAGAGCAAUAGAGAGAAUUCUUCACCCACAGGAGAGAUGUCCUCCAACGGGCUGGAGUCUUUGACUGACAUUACAUCAGCUGAUCUGUCCAGCGCCCAGUGUAUCCCUGCCCCUCUGGCCACGCCCAUCCCUGUCAGCGACGAGCCCUCCAGCCCAGUGGCUACGCCCUGUGCUGACCUAUCAGAGAGCCCCAGUACGGGCUUACCCCCCAUGCCCUACUCCGUUCCCGUGUCGGAGCACAUGGAGGAGCACAUGGAGGAGUGCAGCGUGAUCCCUGACGAUCUGGACUGCAUCUCCAAGAAAGUCAGUGAGUCGCAGAGCCCAGUCCAGGGUGCUAUCCCCACCAACCUCCCUAACACAGCUGUGGGCCUGCGCCCUUCAUACUCCUCCAGCCUCCCCGCCCCCUCGCCCCAGCUACCUCCCGCCUUCUUCAGUUCAUCGGUCAGCCAGAUGACCCCCUUGGAGCCUUACCCCUCGCUGGGCCAGAGGGACCAGACCUCCACACAGGCGCUGGACGCCCUGGGGGCCUUCUCCCCGGGGACAGGGACUGGGGACACGGAGGGCAAAGGAGGGGUUGGAAUUGGAGGGCUGGACUCCCUGUCAGAGUACACCUUGCCUGGGGGAAGAAUCUCUCACAGCUUCAUCCCUGGGGUCUGCAACCACAGCUCCACUCACACGAACGUCCCAUCAGGCACCAACCUCUCGCUGCUCUCCCGGAACCCACUGGCUGCCACCCACGAGUUCAGACAGGCCUGCCAUGCCUGUUACAGCCGCAUAGGUCCGCGGGUGAUGGACUACCAGUACCAGCCGGAGGCGGCUCACCGUUGUAAGAGGGACGUGCUGCUGUGUCGCUUCAAAAACACAGACGACCCCACCUGGAAGAGGGUCAGGCCUCGCCCCGCUAGAAACAACUUCCUGGGUGCCUUUGUGCUCUGCAAAGAGGUCCAGGAGCGCCAGGAGUGCCAGUACGGGGAGAACUGCACAUUUGCCUACUGCCAGGAGGAGAUAGACGUGUGGACCCAGGAGAGGAAGGGGGCUCUGAGCAGGGAGCUGCUGUUUGACCCGCUGGGCAGCACCGAGAGACGAGCACUCAGUGUCACACGCCUGCUGCAGCUGCACAUGGGCAUGUUCAUGUUCCUCUGUGAGGAAUGUUUUGACAGUAAGCCUCGCAUCAUCAGCAAACGCAGCAAAGAGAACUUGGCUGUCUGCUCAAACCUCACCGCCCGGCAUCCCUUCGAUGAUAACAAGUGCCUAGUGCACGUGGUGCGUUCGGCCAACGUGCGAUACAGUAAGGUGCGCCCGCUGCACCCCCUCUGCCAGUUUGACGUGUGCCGACAUGAGGUUCGCUACGGCUGCCAGCGCGAGGACAGCUGCUCCUUCGCCCACUCUGUCAUAGAACUCAAGUGCUGGGUACUGCAGCAGGACACAGGUAUCACCCAUGAGGAGAUGGUGCAGGAGUCCAAGAGGCACUGGUACAGGCUAGAGCAAAAUGCUCAGAGACAGAAGCCUAUGCACGUCCCACACCAGAGCUGUAGUGGUGGAGGGGUGGGGGGAAUAGGAGGUGGUGGAGGGGGAGACAACCUCGGGGGUGGCGGGGUUGGCUCCGGAGGAGGAGGAGGGAGAGGCAGAGGGCUGAACCUGAAGAUGAAGUUUGUCUGUGGCCAGUGUUGGAGGGAUGGACAGGUCAAUGAACCAGACAAGGCCCUCAAGUACUGCACUGCUAAAGCAAGGCACAGCUGGACUAAGGAGCGUCGGGUAUUGCUGGUGAAGUCCUUUGAGAAGAAGAAGUGGGUCGUUGUGCGGCCGCUUCCCUUCUCCCGUACGUACCCACAGCAGUACGACAUGUGUGUCCAUGUGAUGAAGCAGAAGAAGUGCCACUACAUCGGAAACUGUUCCUUCGCCCACAGUCUGGAGGAGAGGGACGUCUGGACAUACAUGAAGGACAACAGCUUGAGGGACAUGCAGCAGAUGUAUGACAUGUGGCUCACGAUGACCAAUCAGAACAGACGCACUGACAGAAGCCUCAUGACCCCGCCUCCGGAGGAGAAACAGGUUUCGAUGACGACAGAUUACACCGAGUCAUUGUCUGGGCGGCGGUUGUCAGAAGGAGGUGAUAUGUGAGUGUUGUCGUGCUGAGGAGGAGCUGGCCCUGGAGACGUGGAUAGGAGACCCUGCUCCCACUACACCAGAGACCAGCUACAGUACCUACCGCCUGUGACGUCAGUCUGAAUGCAAACACACAUACACACACACACUUUACAGUACAACAAACUGCUGUUGCAACAGGCACCAACUUGUGUGAUGCGCACACACACAGAAAGUCGUGUAUAAGAACAUUCAAGCCCAUAAUCGGAAUAGUUUUUAUAUGGUUUGGCUGUUAACUUCAAUCUGAACCUCAGUGUAUCUCUAACACGCUGCAGAUGUAAAUGUACUUUAUAUGUCCACUAUAUUACCACUGAAGGCAAAUAUUGAAUUGCCAGCAAAAAUAAGAAAAAGCCCCAAAGUAGCCCCUUUAACUAAUACGGAGUGGCUGUGUGGCUGAAUCCUCUGGACGCCUCUUCCCGAUGACUAAACAACCGAACAAAUUAGCCUGCAAAAUAUAUAUAUUUUUGGAAUGUUCAUUCAAAUCGCCGCAGGUUUUUUAUUUCAGCUGUUCAGAAGUAUGAGGCAGAGACGUAGCACAUCGGCGGAACGUGAUUGGGUUGUUUAGGUCUGGGGAAGAGGCGCCCAGGGGGGAAGGACAUGGGCGGAAUGUGAUUGGGUUGUUUAGGUCUGGGGAAGAGGCGCCCAGGGGGGAAGGACAUGUGCGGAACGGGGUGGUUCGAUUCGGUCGUGCAGCCUCAGCCUUAAAAAUAAGCCCCUUAUCUAUGUAGCUAGGGACAAACGUCUACAACCAAAUCCUACCCUCCUUCCCUUGUGGGAAUGUAGAAAGAGGGAGAGAGAAAUAGGACAGAAAUGGUUAGUACGCCAUUUUGUUUGUCCAUGGGGAGUUAGUGCUUCACUCUAUUUGUCUGCCAUAUUGGUAGAGUACUAUGAAUGUAAAGCCAGUGAUUAUGAGGAAGUCAUAAAAUAAAUAUGUUUGUGGAAUGUAUUCGGAAUACCCAUUCAUAUAACAUUUAAAAUGACCCCCUAUCCCCCCUUAUUGAUAGAAAUGGCACAGUAGUAUUUUGGUUACGUAAGCAAGCCAGGCAGCCCUACCUGUGGCCAGCAACGACACGUAUACACAUCCACAACAUACUGUAUACAAUGAGUAGGUUCAGAAUGGAAGUGUUUCAUAAUAUGGCAUUGGAGGGCUAUAUGGGUCAAAAGUAACUGCAGCAACUGUCUUCAGCUUCAGUACUCACGGGCUCUUCACUCAGACCCACUCAAACAACAUACUGCACCGUAUGCUUAAAAUCUGGAGUUUUCGCAGACUACAUGAACAAGUCUGGGUCCUCCUAGUUAUAGCCACUCUAACAAGGACCCAGAGGGUAUCCUGGUCACAAUACAUGGUGUUAAGAUACAUAUUAAGGAGUCCAAUAAGCCAGGAGAAAGGGGGCGGGAUCGUAGAAUAGUACAGUAGGAUGGGGCUUGAAUGGAUCCUGGAGUAUGGUGGCUUGGUCACAGGGGUGGUCAGGUGGGCGGAUCAGUGAGUGGGCAUUGGACAGGUAGCUGGAUCCGGGGGGGGGCUCACAGGCUCGUGGUCCACCCCCCCAGCGGGGGAUUGUGAGAAAGGGAGGGCGUUAUGAAAGAAAUGAUGAAACAUAAAGUAAAUUAAAAGUAAAAUGACUACCCAUAAUGUAGGCUAAAAUAGGCUGACUACCCAUAAUGUAGGCUAAAAUAGGCUGACUACCCAUAAUGUAGGCUAAAAAAAGACGGACUACCCAUAAUAUAGACUAAAAAAGACGGACUACCCAUAAUUUAGGCUAAAAUAGGCUGACUACCCAUAAUGUAGGCUAAAAAAAGACUGACUACGCAUAAUAAAGGCUAGUGAGACUGAUGUGCCUAUAAACACACACUAACAUUAAUUCACAAAGUACACCUAGGCAGGGACAUGUUUUUCCCAUAUGGCCAGCAUCUCGUUCCCUUAUACCCGCACCAGACAUGAUGUUAUGGAGCUGUCUCUAUUCAUAUACAUUAUACACACAUUAUAUAUACAUAUUUACAGAUAUCAGUAUACUACUAAAGAUAAUUGAUAACUUAGCAGUUAAGCUUAAUUAAAUAUAACCUAAAAUUUGUAUUGAUAACAUAGAACCUCUUGUUAUUGAGCUAUGCUAUAUGACAUGUAUCGCUGAACUAGAUGACUAGUGAUUUUUUUUGCUUCUGUGAGGGUCAUUCCAGGGAAGUCUGUAGGAGCGAGGUUGACUGAUUCUCAUGACAGGGUUUGAAUUUCAUGGUUUCAGCUAAGCCAAAGGAAGGCGAUUGGUUGAGUUAAAUGAUGAUCAACUCGGGAACCCAUAACAAAAUCUUGUGUGUGCUAGCGAUCUGUCGAGAGAUUUGAUCAACAUGGUAGUAAUGGAUCUGGUAGAGAAAGUGUUACUCAAUUGGAAACAGUUUUUGAUUUAAUCAUAUUUUUCUCUUGUUCAAUCAACAGUAGGAUGCCAAGGUACUCCCUUCUAUAAACAUCAGUGAUUUAAUGGAUCCACCUUGAUAGUAGAGUAGAUCAAUAAACUAACUGUCCAAUCAGUUUUAGAGGAGUAACAAGAGGUGGGAGAGGCUUCUUCUGGAAUGACCCAGGUAUUUGCUUAACUGAGGGAACGUAUUACUGCUACUACCACUAUUAUGAUGAUGAUGAUGAUGAUGAAUUAUGAUGACGAUAAUGAUUGCCAUUAUGACUAUUUCUAUUCUCCUAUAUGCUAUUGAUAUACGUAUAUGUUAAUUGCUAUGUAUAACUCUCUUUAUAAAUGUAUCCAUGUAUGAAUAUAAUACUUUACUGUAAACAGACGUAUGUGUAUGUUAAACAGAACUGUCCAGCAGGCCAGACAGGGGAGAAGAGCUCAUAGUUUACCUUGCUCAAACUGGUACGAAGAACAACUCAGUUCAGUUUUAACAUACUUGCUGACUGUGACCUCACUCUCAGCUAGCCGGUUACAUAACAGGAACAUAAGCUAACAUAACAUACGUGUCCAUAGUUCACAGGGCACCCUAGAUAAUAGCAGACAGGUUACUGGACCAGGUUGUUGCUGAAGAUCUGAUUUGAAAUAGUCUUGGUUGCUUGAGGUUAGUGGAUUGUAGGAUACUUGAGUUGAGAUUGUAUGGAAGAUAAGGUUGGUCAGUCAGUGCAAUGGAAUGUGCUAGUGACUCUUUUUGAAUUUUCGAUAGCCGUGUAAAUUGCUAAUGAUUGUUUUCCUGACUGUUACCGAGUGAGAUUAUGUAAUCAAUACUCUAGUAUCCUGUAUUUAAUCAUUAACCCUGCUGGGACAACUCCAAGCAUACAUUGACGUCUGUAUACAUCAGUAUAGCGCCUUAUUCAAUAUAUACCUAUAUGAAAUUAUACAUACCCCUAUCAUAUAAUCCUACUUUCUAUGAUACAUAUAACUAUAAUUAUACUUAGACACCUGUAUAAUUAAUUUAGAUAAAAAGCGGUUCUGGUUUUCUAUGGUUGUUGUUUGAAGAGGUCAUAGUCUGAUUUCAUUGGUUACAUGCACAGUGCACACCGUACUACAUAAGGGAACUGGAGGAACAGAACAGUGGUCUGACCUGACCGUAUCCAAACCCACCAGAGAGAACUGCAUUUGAUCAUGAGACUGACUGAUUCGUCUUGGUUUAAGAAGUGGCUUUGACCCCAAAAAGCAUACAGUCAGAUGGUUUUUAUUUUUCCUGUUGAAGUCUUUCCAAGUAGAAGGCCGGAGACAUUCUUGUAAACCUUGGUUUACGCCAUGUUCAUUAUUGACACAGAGGCAUUCCCUGUAUUAAAAAGAGAAAAAUACACUUAUGUGAAUUGACACUCACCCAUAGUUGCAUUCAGAGUUAUUAUUUGAUUAUUUUCAACAACUUGGAAUAGGAACCAGAGUUUUAAGAAGUGAAAAAACAAGUCCUCUAUUUGUAUUAACUCUGUUUUGUUUCUUUAUUUUUUCCUCCCUGGUUGGAAGUGAAUUAUGAUAAGUGGACCAAAUCUCUUGAAGGUGUUUAACAAUAAACAGACUGUUUUAGAGAGAA